AUUUUCAGUUUUCAAAAAUCCGCACGAUAUUCAAGAUGAAAUUCAUCGUGUUAGCGGUGGUAUUCAGUUCCGCCUUAGUAUUUGCGGUAGCUGCUCCAGCUGAGGAGACAUUUGAACAAAUAGUAAAAAAAAAAGAAGAAGCUGCCGCCAAACAUUGUAAUGCUAUUUAUCCAGUUACUGAAGACACGCGUCAAAAAUUAGGAUUAAUCGUCGCCAAAGGAGAAACCAUUCCAAAGCUAUUAAACACAACAGAUUGGUGCAAUCUAUACUGCAACCUUGAACAGCUUGGAUUUUACGAUACUCAAGGAAAAAUGCAAGUUCGCAAGAUUUUCAACUAUACGUUGAAAUUGGUUCCUGAAAUUGCUCCCAACAGCCACUCACUUUUGGUUUAUUUAUUCCAAAUCGCCAGAACGACCAAUGGUAUGGUAGAUAAAUGCCAGAAGGCUUAUGUAGCGUACUAUCGAUUUGCCGAAGCUGUUUUGGUAACCACCUUAGCCGUUGAUUUGAACGCUGAAACUGAUGCCAGGGAACAAAUCGUAGAAAGUGUGCUGACUGGCGAAGAAUUACCAAAAGAAUUGGAGGAUGGCAUUCAAAAAUACUUGAAAAAUACCGAUUUAUUCUUCAAACAGACUGUAGCCGCACAAAAUACUGCUGCCGCUCCUGCCUCUGCCCCUGCUCCCGCUUCUGCCCCUGCUUCUCCCCUUGCUCCUGCUCCCAAAUAAUUAUAAGUGUUUAUCAAUAAGAAAAAAUGAUUUGUAAUUAUCAUAAAUCUUGUCCUGUUUUCUAGAUUGCAUUUUUAAUUUAAAACAUCAAGUAAUAAAACCCGGUUACUAUUUUUAAAACUGAUUUGAUUGUAAAAAAAAUCCUACCUUAUUUCAAAUAGACAAUACAUAAUUAUGUACCUACUUACUCUAAAUUGUAAAGUUAGAAUACCUAUUGAAAACUUGAAUUUGUAAACGAUUGCAAUAAAUGUAUAGUAUUUUUA